UAUGAUGUGAAAGCUGAAAUCUUCCCAUCUCUGGGAGCUGAGAUGUGUAAAACAGGAACCCUGUGCAAUCUGGAAGUGUCAAUUAUGCGUCUGGCUGACCUCACAGAGAUGGAUAAAGAUGAAUCUUUGGUCGACUGUGAUGGGUACUGUGCCACCAAGCUGAUGUACGAAGUUGUCGACAACAGCAGUAACUGGGCAGUGUGCGGUAAGAGCUCAGGGGUUAUUUCCAUGCCAGUUGCAACCCGUGCCACUCACAAAGUGCACAUGGAAGUGAUGCCUCUGUUUGCUGGAUUCCUCCCAUAUCCUGAUAUCAAACUCUUCAAGUACCUCCCAUUCCAGGCCAGCCAGACUGGACAAAUGGAGACAGAUAAUUGGAUGGAGAAUGACACCCUGUCCCUGGACCGAGCCCUCGAUGAGCAGGUCGAGAGCAGUAGUACGAGGAGCCGGGGCAGCAGCCAUUCAUCCAGCAGCAAUGAGCACCGGAGUGUGCCGAUGCCUCGCCUGCUAGCCUUCUCCAGUGGCCAGGUCUUCAACACCAGCUCCAGCAUGCAGAUCCUUGUCAUCCCCAGCCAGGAUGACCACAUGUUGGAGGUUAAUGUCACGUGACUGGCCUCUGUGUUUUACCAGCACUCUGUCAUGUGAGAUGAUGGGGCUCUGUCAUGUGAUCAUGCUGUGCAAUGUGAUAUUGGGGUUCUCUGUGCCAUGACAGGAGAGCAAUGUGUGACAAGACAGUGCCCUAACCUCACAUGACAGGAGCUGUCUGUCUCUGUAAAUGUUUCUAUACAGUCAGCUCUGUGGGGAGUGGUGUAAUUAUGUUCUGUCUUUGUAUCAGUUCUGCUGAAAUAUUUGUGACUUUCUUUUAAAUAAGGAAGAAAUGAUGUGAUUUGGUAUCAAAGUCAGUCUGUGUGAGCCACUGAGCCCCUCAGACAGCCUAAUGAAACGUACUCAGUCCCUGGGCACCAGCUGCCCACUCCCAUUCUGAUGUUCCAGGAUCAGGAGUAACUCUGUGCCAGCUCCAUUAGAUUCCAACUCCUCGUUUCCCAUUCCUCCUGUGAGUGAGGCUGUAUGUGAGACCAGGGCAGUGACACAGCCAGACUGUGAGUAGUGCAAGAAGUUGGCACCUGUCAGAACUGCUCUCACAGCUGACCACACCUCAGUGUGAUCAUUCCCCCUCCUUUACCCUCCUGAUGGCUUUUGACUGAAAUUAUUUCAAGCUCAAUCUGUGGUCUAACUGAAUAAUUCUUUAUUUAUUUACAUAAUCCUUAAUUUUUCAUCCAGGUUUAAUGAUAUAAAUAUAUAUGUAUAGAGAGAGAGAGUAAUAUAAACUUUCAGAGUGGAUCUUGUCAGUGGGGAUCUGGGGCUGCUCAAAUAGAGCUGAGGCUGGACUGUCUCAAUGACAGCUCGUUCCCCUGCGACACCCCCAACAGCUCGAUGUCUGAGGCAAUUUGACAGCAGCUGAGGACCUUUGUAAAUAGCUGGGGAUCUGGUCAGGUUGCUUGAUCAACACCCAGGGGUUUAGCAUUCACACCCAAUAAAGUUAUAAUCUCUCAGCUUGGCAUCCCUGUCAAUUCAGCCUUGCUUAACUUGUGCUGAGGACAGGGGAGAUGUGGAUGUGAACUGUGAACAUUAUAUAAACAACAUCCUCAACAGUU